AUGAAUAAGCAUCAGAAGCCAGUGCUAACAGGCCAGCGGUUCAAAACUCGGAAAAGGGAUGAAAAAGAGAAAUUCGAACCCACGGUCUUCAGGGAUACACUUGUCCAGGGGCUUAAUGAAGCUGGUGAUGACCUUGAAGCUGUAGCCAAGUUUCUGGACUCUACAGGCUCAAGACUAGAUUAUCGUCGCUAUGCAGACACUCUCUUCGAUAUCCUGGUAGCUGGCAGUAUGCUUGCCCCUGGAGGGACACGCAUAGAUGAUGGUGACAAGACCAAGAUGACCAACCACUGUGUGUUUUCAGCAAAAGAAGAUCAUGAAACCAUCCGAAACCAUGCUCAGGUCUUCAAUAAACUCAUCAGGAGAUAUAAGUAUUUGGAAAAGGCUUUUGAGGAUGCAAUGAAAAAGCUUCUCCUCUUCCUUAAAGCCUUUACCGAAACAGAGCAGACAAAGUUGGCAAUGCUGUCGGGGAUUCUGCUAGGCAACGGCAACCUUCCUCCCACCAUCCUCACCAGUCUCUUCACCGACAACUUAGUUAAAGAAGGCAUUGCAGCCUCAUUUGCUGUCAAGCUUUUUAAAGCCUGGAUGGCAGAAAAAGAUGCCAACUCUGUUACCUCUUCUUUGAGAAAAGCCAACUUGGACAAGAGGCUGCUUGAGCUCUUUCCCGUUAACAGACAGAGUGUGGAUCACUUUGCUAAGUACUUCACCGACGCGGGACUGAAGGAGCUCUCUGACUUCCUGCGCGUACAGCAGUCGCUGGGCACCAGGAAGGAGCUGCAGAAGGAGCUGCAGGAGCGCCUGUCUCAGGAAUGCCCCAUCAAGGAGAUGGUGCUCUAUGUGAAAGAAGAAAUGAAGAGGAACGACCUCCCGGAAACAGCCGUGAUCGGCCUGCUGUGGACCUGCAUCAUGAACGCCGUGGAGUGGAACAAGAAGGAAGAACUCGUGGCAGAGCAGGCCCUCAAGCACCUGAAGCAAUACGCUCCCCUGCUGGCCGUGUUCAGCUCCCAAGGCCAGUCCGAGCUGAUCCUCCUGCAGAAGGUCCAGGAGUACUGUUACGACAACAUCCACUUCAUGAAGGCGUUUCAGAAGAUCGUGGUCCUCUUUUAUAAAGCUGAUGUGCUGAGUGAAGAAGCGAUAUUGAAAUGGUACAAAGAAGCACACGUGGCCAAAGGCAAAAGUGUUUUUCUUGACCAGAUGAAGAAAUUUGUUGAGUGGUUGCAAAACGCAGAAGAAGAAUCCGAAUCGGAAGGUGAGGACAAUUAG